GAUGCGACCUUCCGCCUCGGAGGGAGGAGGCUCCGCGUGUGAAUACGGUAGCCUGAUAGUUGCAGGCAGAACUGCGCUCGGCCGCUCCCUGCCACCGAGUUGGGUAGCUUGCUGCGCGUGUUAGCCUCCUACCACGCCACCGAUCUCCCCCACGGGGACUCUCCCCUUGCCCUCGGAGACAGGAAUCGCCCAGCUCCGCUUUUUUCUCUUCCUAACCAGUUUCUUUUAGAUUAACCCUCUUUCCCCGUCGCCUCUCACACGCCGUGAGGAUGAAGGUCAGAACCUGGCAUCUCCCGGGGCGGUUCUGAAGUCCAAGGAGCAGGAUAAUAAGAAUAAGAAUAAUCAAAGGCGGUAUCCGCCAGGCUCCCUUUGGCAACUGUGUCUGAGAGCGCAUUGAUCGCCUUUAAAGAUGCUCGCGCUUCCCCCUCCGCUCCAGACCGGUGAUAGCACCCGAGGGGGAAGGACGGGGAAUUUAAUCGGCACAGUAAACCCCGGGAUAAAAGGUCGCGGAUUGCGCAUCCAUCUCUCACGACCCUCAGUAUUCGAGGACUAGAAAUAGGCGACUAAAACUAGGCACCCAUUAACCGCCCACCCUCCGUUCCUCGAUCGGCUUUCCAACCGAAUAAUGACCGAAAGCUGAUUCGUCCAGGGGGAACUCUGCGAAUCAGGCUCCGCUCCACCUCCAGAGUUCGGGCGGCCUUUCAAAUUCUCCACCACGCCGCCGGCCUCGGGCGACUGCCGUCGGUUGCGUCCCCUUCCGAAAAUAGGUCAGCUGCCUUUCCUUUCCCGACCCCUCCCGCGAUUCUGAGGUUUAAGCCCCACCUUCAGCACCAGGGAACCAGCUCCAUUUCGCCCGAGUCGCCCCUGGAAGGGCGGAGGGGCGGCGGCGUACUCCUCGCGUCUUUGCUCGCGUCCCGCCCUGCCGUUCCGCGAGGAGUUCGCUUGGGGUUACGGGAAGCGCGCCCGCCCGAAAUCUCCAUCUGACCACCUUAAAUCUCACGGCACACGGGAAGGUUUGGAAGCGCGCGCGAUGCGAGUUCCAACAGCUGCCGAGGCCGCGACAGCGCUGCCUCCAGGAAAGCGAAGGCCCCCGAGAGCAGAAGGCGCUUGUCAGAAGGCGAGGCGACGGUGGGACCAGCGCCACUGAGGAAACUUGAAGCUCCCGGUUGGCGUUCGCGCCCCCCUGCCUUUCUUAUGUCCCCGCUCCCCCACCCCCACCCCCUUCACUCAUCUGCAAAGACGGGCGAGACGGGUUAGCUGUGCGGCUGCAAGUCAACCGCAUCUCGCGUUUUCAGCUUCACUUACUCCUCUCCGAUCGAUCGCCAGGGCUCGGGUUUCAGCCUGGAGCCUGGCUACAGGCGGCCGGAGAGGCUGCGAGUUCCUGGCGGGGUUGGCAGCGACGCGGAAGCCCAGGAAAAGCGCUGCCGCCGCAGCCGCCGCCGCUGCUAUGCGCGGCAAGGGGUCCUGCGCGUGCGCGCCCGCCUCUGCCGGCGCAGGGUCGCUUUCCUACGCGCUCCUCCGAGAAGAGCAAAGGAAAUGCACCUGGGCUGGUCGUACUCCCGAGGAAUCCGUCUGGAAGCUCCUCCAGGUGUAUAGGACGUUUACGCCAGUGCUAGUGAGCUGGGGGUAAUGGGUGUGUAAUCUGGACGGUCUGGGAAGGAAAGGGAAGGAUAGGUCUGGAAGGGACGUAAAUUUGGACCAAGUGGCCUGGAUUUGUGGGGUCGAGGUUGGGCAGAAGAGAGGCAACGAAGAGGACCGGGAAGCGUCGCCCCCUCGGACCGCCGCCUUUCCUGUUCUUCCCCGCCCCCACGCGCGCUUCCCACGAGCCUUGUAGCUUCCUUGUUUGGUGAAUCGAGGCACCUGCAAGGCAAAGCUCUCCACUUCCCCACUUCUUCACCGCCGGCCUCCUUGGCAGCGUUCGCUGGCAGCCUUUGAACUUCUGACCUUCCGCCAACUUCCCUCAGACGCAACAAACACCGCGCCCCAACCCCGCCGCGCUAGGCGCACUCCCGGGAGCUUCCCAUCGCGUCUCGCCUCGCUCCUUUCCGGAUUCUUCGGCCGCCCAGGGCGAGCUCUGGGCGCGGCCCAGAGAAAAAUAGCCUUAGCCGAGAAGCAAAGAGGCAGAGUUUGUGGGACGUGCGCUGGGGGAAGGGGAUGCUCAUGGACGCCGGAUGACCGUGGGCAUGAAGGCAGAAAAGGAAGCGACGCGGUGUUACCCCCCGCGGCGGGCCUCACUACCCUAGGUAGUUACGGUGGGGGAGAUUCGCUAACAUAGAACGCCGCUUGGCGGCGGAAAUGCACCUGGGCGGCCCCGGGUCCUUCGCCUCCGCCUUGACCCUUGUCUCGCGCAGCGGCCGGGCAGCUUGGACAAGGCAGUCUCCCUCCUGGGGCGGGGCCGAGAGGGGAGGAGAAGCCUUUUCGGCAGAGAAGCGUCCACCUUUCCAACCAGCCGCCGCCGCUGCCAGUUAAUAUUAACUAGAUGAAGGGAGGAGAAAGAGGCAAAACCCGGGAGAGCUGGAGGGGGUUUCUCCGGACAGGUGACGGCGGCCUUCUAGGCGCCCCCCCCCCGGUGGCCUACUCUGAGUAAAUCUAUGGGGGACAUAAGGGUACCAGGACAGAGUUGCGGUUCGUCUGGAAAAACGAGCCCUUUCUCGGCCCGCUGGGAGGAAGGCAGUACAGUCCGUGAAUGUUCCUUAGCGUGUUUCGGGGCUUGAGUGGGGGCGGGGGAGCGGGGCAGUCCCUCUCAAUCAAGGGGAUCGAGGCUGCACCCCAUGGGAUUCAUUCCUGAAGAGAUACCCCACGCGGGCCGCCUUCCUUCUCAGCAAAGGGGGAGAGAAAGUGAGGAAGCACCGAGACGGAACGGCGCCCUGGAGAAAGCAGGAGUAGCCUGCAUGCCUAGGUCAGUUUAGCCACCCUCCCCCAUAACUCGGCUCUUUUCUGCCCGAGCCGUCCUGCAAAGAAAGGAUCGGGCAGAUCAGAUGCCUUGGAGGAGUGAUGGAAGCCAAAGGUGCUCAGUGCUGCUGUCUUUGCGGGUGAGGAUUUCUAUCCCAAUAAGCCAGCUCUGUAGAUCUUUCCUUCCCCUCCCCUGGCCGGCGAAGUUCCCUCCGUGAGCCCGAGAACUCCGAACAGCUGAGCUCCCCUGACUCUUCCUCCAGUCCAGCCGCGCGCCUUGGGCAACCGGCGUCGGAUUCUUCGUAGCCCCAGACUUUUCGGCUCUUUGGACGCUCACGGAAGAAGCGCAGGUAUGGGGGAUCAGUUUCUGCUGUCUAGUUCCAUCCGGUCGGCAGAGAUCCGGGAUCUGCUGUUGGUGCGGUGAAGGGGUAGGAAAACCCACUCGUGUUUCUGCUUACCUGCCCACCGAGCUGAUGUGCUUUUUACGCAUUCGCCUUCCCAGCAGCAGCCUUCUGACCUAAACGAAGAUGAUGAUUAUGACUUAAAUCUCCCUCCCCCGCCUCCCCAAAAGAUGUCACUCUUAAAACAGUUCUCCGCGGCAGCGAUUCCUAAAACUGUUGAGAUGCAUGUAUCUAUCUUUGCCAUCCUUGGUUCAAUAAGACGGCAACUACAAGUCCCAAAAGUGCUUUUUCAAGAGGCAACUGGACUUUCUCUUGAAAAAGCGCCUUUGGGGCAACCAUGACCUGGAUGACUGAAAAUCUCCAUGGAUACAAGUUCCAGAAUGCCCAGGCAUUUGGGAGUUGUAGAAGCCAUUCUUCUAGAGAAAAGUGGAGGGAAGCGCUGCAAGGACAAGCUGAACGCGCUGGCCAUCUCCGUCAUGAACCAGUGGCCGGGCGUCAAACUGCGCGUCACGGAGGGCUGGGACGAGGACGGCCACCACUCUGAGGAGUCGCUGCACUACGAGGGCCGCGCAGUGGACAUCACCACCUCGGAUCGGGACCGCAGCAAAUACGGCAUGCUGGCUCGCCUGGCCGUGGAGGCUGGCUUCGACUGGGUCUACUACGAGUCCAAGGCGCACAUCCACUGCUCCGUCAAGGCCGAAAAUUCGGUGGCUGCCAAAUCGGGUGGCUGCUUCCCUGGAUCCGCCUGGGUGAACCUGGAAGGAGGAGGCACAAAGCUGGUGAAAGACCUUCAUCCAGGUGACCGAGUCCUGGCGGCAGAUGUGCACGGACAGCUGUUCUACAGCGAAUUCCUAGCCUUCUUGGACCGAGAGGACCCUCCUGUCCACAAACUCUUCUAUGUGAUUGAGACCCAAGCACCCCAAGCCCGUCUCUUGCUCACCGCUGCCCACCUGCUAUUUGUGGCUCCACCACACAAUCAUUCCCAUUCCCAACCCCAGCCUAUCUUUGCCAGCCGUGUGCAGCCUGGACAACAUGUCUACGUGCUGGCCCAAGGGGGUCAGACACUGUUGCAAGCAGCAGUGCACAGCGUGUCCCUGGAGGAGGCCUCGGGGGCUUAUGCCCCACUCACCGCUCAGGGCACCAUUCUCAUCAAUCAGGUGCUGGCUUCCUGUUAUGCUGUCAUUGAGGAGCACAGCUGGGCUCACUGGGCGUUUGCGCCUUUCCGCAUUGCUCACGCAGCCUUGGCAGUGCUGAAUCCUGAGGGCCUCUCCUCCCCUCGCCUUUUUCCAGCUGCUGUACCCGAAGAGGGUUCCUCAUUGGCUGGAGUCCACUGGUACUCCCGCCUCCUCUACUACAUUGGCCGCUGGAUUUUGGGUUCUGAGAUGAUACACCCAUUGGGCAUGGCCAGCUGAGAGUGACAGCUGGCAAGUCCACUUAUACCCAUCUGAAGAUUAAAAUAGUACCAAUGGGGUGGGGGGAACUAAGAUGAAGAAAGAAAGAAAAAGAAAAAGAAAAAGAAAGAAAGAAAGAAAGAAAGAAAGAAAGAAAGAAAGAAAGAAAAUUUAAUAAUAGUAGGACGCUCCAAAGUAGACUUCAAGAAACAGGAAGAACCCAGGAAGUUUUUGUUUUAGUUUAUAAAUAUAAAUAUAUAUAUUAUAUUUUUAUUUGAUUUAUAUUUUUUGUCUGUCUGUUUUGUUGUCCUCAUCUCUUGGAUAUUUAUUUGUUUGGUAUUUUGAAAUAGAUGUUUUAAGGAAUAUGAACCCAACUUCAAGAGCCUUAAAUAGUUUCUUUGAUAAUUUAUUAUCAUGUGAAUUGUACACUCACAGGGAAAAGCAAAUUAUUUUGCGCUGCCUAGCAAAACUGCACAGAGUUCUAUUUUUCUAUGUAUGUCCAGAAUUUCGAAAAGCGAAAUGCCUCUCCUUCUUCCAACUAUUCAUGGAUUUGCUCAGGGAUGUCCGCAGUGAGCAGUGAACACAAAUCAAGAUGGCGGACGAGAGGAUGUGAUCGAAGCUCCGCCUACUUUUUUAAAAAAAACCGUAGGUAGAGUUUUGAUCAUACCUUAAUUGCCGUCAUUUUGACUUUUUUUGACAGACCCUGCAGACCUCCCCUCCCCCCCUCCGGAUUUGAUCUUUCCCAAUAGCCAGACUCAGAACAAAAGACACAAUGAAGGGGGAGGGGGGAAUCCGUAAAUUAUAUUUUUAUAUGCAGAAUUGUAAAUUCGUGGUUUUGUUUUGUUUUGUUUUUGAGAGAGAGAGAAAGAGAGAUCAAUACCUAACAGUCACAUUUCAAUUUUUUUUUGAAAUAAUGUAAGAUAUGAGAAUAUAUUAUUUUAAUUUAAAUAAUAUGAAAUGUAAUGUCAUCUUCUAUGUUUCUAUUGCCUCUGAAAUAUUUUGUUUUGUAUAAAAAUAAUAGCACGCUUUCAUCUACAUUCUUCAAACUCAAGACUGUUACACAUCUUUAUCCAGUGGGGAGGUGGAAGAAAUUCUUAUUUUUGUCUUCAAAAUCAAGAAGAAAUUUAUGAGAAAAUAUUUUUUAAAAUGUGCACAGGUUGACUAUUAUGGUGAGAAUGGAGAAUAGUUUGUACAGGCAGGGAAAGGAUGUUUUGCAUUAAUAAACUGAUAAAUAACUGCUGUCAAUUUACUAAAAUGUAUUUUUUGAAUAUUUUGUAAUAGUUUUAUAGAAAUAAAAUGUGCCAUGCACAGUCUGGUUAGUAUAUAAUAACAAAGCUUUUCUGGUUCAUCACAUUUUUUUUCUCUUUAAAGUCUAUUCAGAUAGAAAAUGUGAAUAUCCAGUUUCAAUUUAUGUUUAAUUUUGCUUUGUGGUCAUAUUUAGAAAAAUUAAAGCAAGAAUUUUUAAAGGAAGCAAUAGGACAGUCAUAUUAGCUCGUUGCCUUUGCAAUUAAAUAAAUGAAGCCUGAUAUUCUUAA